UGUAAUCCAUCAAAAAGGAAGACUUCAUUUAUUUAUUGCUUCUCUUUUCCUUCUCCUCCAAGCUGCUAGCCAGAUCCACACCAAACAACUUGCAUCCUUAAUUCAUCCGGAGCUAUGGAAGCAGCUUUAGUAACUGCUGCGUCUCGCUUCAUGGUCCAGAAUGUGUCAGAUCUCCUCCAACUCGACGAGAAACUCAAGGCGAUAACUGCAAGUAACAAAACGAAGAUGAAGAAGCUCAAGGAGUUGUCCGCGAUCAUUGACGCGGUGAUCCAAGAUGUCGACUCCCGCCCUUUUAUUGAUGCUGCUGUGAAGAACUUGCUGACGAAGCUCAAAUACUUGGCCUACGAUCUCGAGGAUGUUGUGGAUUACUAUGACACCACAGUCUCGCAGAAGAAGCAGAGAUCAAACACUUCUUUAAGGCCGGUGCGUGAUUUCUUCUCUCCUAAUAAUCAAGUUGUGUUUAAGAGUAGGAUAGGUGGCAUGAUAAAAGCCAUAACAGAAAGUCUGGAUUCUAUUUUGCUGCAAAAGUCCGUUCUUCUCGAUUUGCCACAAAGCAAGUCGGAACCACGUCUCUACAGAGAGACCCACUCCCGCAAUAGCUUUGUUGUUAUAGGGAGAGAACCAGAGAGGAAUAAGAUUGUCGACUUGUUAACAAAGGAUGAUGAUGAUGAAAGCAACCAUGGCACAGUGAAGGUCAUUGCCAUUGCUGGGAUGGGUGGCUUGGGGAAGACUACACUUGCUCAGCAUGUUUUCGAUGAUGAGAGGGUGAAAGCUCAGUUUGAAAAUUCAAGAAUGUGGACAGUUGUUGGGGCUGAAUUUGACCCUGCAAAGGUAAUGAAAUCUGUUUUAGAAGCAGCUACUGAUGCACCAGUCAACAUCUCACAAAUAGAUUCAGUGAGACAGAACAUAGAAAAAGCACUAUCUGGGAGGAAAUUUCUGCUCGUUCUUGAUGAUGUCUGGAAUGAAGAUCCAUUAAAGUGGGGCAUACUAAAAGCAGCCUUGACAUGUGGGGUGAGGGGAAGCAAAAUUUUGCUGACAACCCGUAACCAACAGGUGUCUAAAAUUAUGGGCUCAUCCAAUACCACCCACCAAUUACAACAGUUGUCCCAAGAUGAUUGUCUGUCCUUGUUUCAACAAUUUGCUUUUGGAGACGAAGCAGUGGAUCAAAAGCUGGUGAAAAUUGGUGAAAAGAUUGUUGAGAAAUGUGGCGGUGUGCCCUUGGCUGCCAUAUCUCUUGGUAACAUGCUCCGUGGCACUCGAGAUGAGACUUAUUGGUCCUCAGUAUUGAAGAGUGAAAUAUGGCAACUCCGAGAUGAGGAAGAUAAAGUGUUAGCUAUACUAAAGUUGAGCUAUGACACUCUCCUCCCACGGUCAAAGAAGUGUUUUGCAUUUGCCUCCCUAUUCUCAAAAAAUUAUAAGAUGGCAAAGGAUGAACUGAUAAAACUAUGGAUAGCAAAUGAUUUUGUACGCUCGGACAAGAAUUUUAUGCUGAGACAAUUGGCAACAACGUCUUUGAUGAACUUGUAA